CUUUAUGUAAAUCACCACCACACAAAAAAUGUUGAAUCCUCAAGUCAAUCACCACCAAUCCCACCAAACUCCUUGUCCACCAUUACUCACACGGUGGAAGAAGGCUUUUGUCGCCGGAGAUGGCGGUGCAAAUCCAACUUCCUUUAUAUCUCACAACACUCUUGCAUUUCCCGUUAAGCGUCACGAUUUUCGUGCAAGGCGCCGCCACUCUGGCAACAAGGCGCCAGGCCAAAUUAAGGCCGUGGCAAGUGAUCAAUCCAUUGGUGCCAAAACCAUAAGUGUUAAAGCGGUAAUUACGGUCCAAAUGACCGUAGGCGGGGUUCUUUCGAACCUUAGUUUUACAAGAGCGCUAGACGAUAUUGGCGAUUUGCUUGGGAAAUCGCUCCUUUUGGAGCUUGUUGCUGCCGAGACUGACCCUAAAACGGGAUUAAAGAAGGAAACAAUAAAAGAUUAUGCACAUCGAACGGGUCAGGACGUAGAUGACAUGACAUAUUUAGCAGAGUUUGAGAUUCCAGAAGAUUUUGGCUCAAUUGGGGCCAUUUUCAUAGAAAAUGAACACCACAAAGAAGUAUUCGUGGAAAAUGUAGUAAUUGAAGGCCUUGCCGUAGGCCCAAUCAGUGCCACAUGCAAUUCUUGGGUACAUUCCAAGUUCGAUAACCCAGAUAAACGUGUUUUCUUCCUUGAUAAGGUAUCGUGCCUACCGUCACAAACACCAAGUGGUCUACAGUCUCUACGAGAGAUGGAACUAGCCAUUCUUCGAGGCGAUGGUGUCGCAGACAAGCCCCGGGAAAAGAAUGAUAGAAUCUACGACUAUGAUACAUAUAACGAUCUCGGUGAUCCUGACAAGGAUCCUGACUUGGCUCGCCCUGUCCUUGGUACCAAAGAUUUCCCUUACCCUCGGCGUUGCAAAACUGGCCGACCUCGAACUAAAGCAGAUCCACUGUCAGAGUCCAGAAGUGGUGACGUUUACGUGCCAAGGGAUGAAGCCUUUUCAGAGAUUAAGAACCUAACGUUUUCAUUCAAGACCGUUUAUUCAGUGCUGCAUGCGGUCUUACCUUCGUUAGAGACAACUAUGAUCGACAAAGAUCUUGGAUUCCCAUACUUUACAGCUAUCGAGUCUCUGUUCAACGAAGGAGUUAAUUUGCCACCACUGGAAAACAAAGGAUUUCUUGGAAAUAUUUUGCCAAGACUUUUGAAGUCUUUUGAAGAUGCCCAGAAUAACGUCUUGCGAUUUGAGACUCCUGAAAUGAUUGAAAGGGAUAAGUUUGGUUGGGUUAGGGAUGAAGAGUUUUGUCGACAAACCAUUGCUGGUCUUAAUCCUUUGAGUAUUAGCUUAGUCACGGAAUGGCCACUGACAAGUAAACUUGACCCUGAAGUGUAUGGUCCACCUGAAUCGGCAAUAACCAAAGAGAUCAUUGAGAGACAGAUUAGAGGCUUCUGCACGCUUGAGGAGGCAUUAGAGAACAAGAAGCUUUUCAUGCUAGAUUAUCAUGAUAUCUUCCUACCCUAUGUUAACAAAGUUAGAGACCUCACAAAUUUGAAAACAACUUUGUAUGGAUCAAGAACUCUAAUGUACCUUACUCCAACGGGUACACUGAGGCCAAUAGCCAUAGAGUUGGUUAGACCACCAGGUAACGGCAAACCUCAAUGGAAACGAGCCUUCACUCCUUGUUGGGAUGCAACUGGUGCUUGGUUAUGGAAGCUUGCCAAGGUUCAUGCUCUUGCUCAUGAUAGCGGUUAUCAUCAGCUUGUUAGUCAUUGGUUGAGAACACACUGUUGCACUGAGCCCUAUAUUAUUGCAACCAAUCGUCAGCUUAGUAAAAUGCACCCUAUACACAACCUCUUACACCCUCAUUUCCGAUACACUAUGGAGAUCAAUGCUUUGGCUCGUGAAGCCCUUAUAAAUUGUGGUGGAAUUAUCGAGUCAUGCUUUUCACCUGGAAAGUAUAGCAUAGAGUUGAGUUCAGUUGCAUAUGGUCUACAGUGGCGGUUCGACCAUGAAGCAUUGCCAGCUGAUCUUAUUGCUAGGGGAAUGGCUGUGGAAGAUCCAGAUUCACCCCAUGGUUUAAAGCUAGCUAUUGAAGAUUAUCCAUAUGCAAAUGAUGGUCUGGUUCUUUGGGAUAUCAUUAAAGAUUGGGUUACAAACUACGUCAACCACUACUACCCAGAAGAGAAUCUUGUAGAAUCCGAUGAAGAGCUUCAAGCAUGGUGGACGGAGAUUAGAACAAAGGGCCAUGCUGACAAGAAAGACGAACCAUGGUGGCCCGUUCUCAAGACACCAAAAGAUCUUAUCGGCAUUCUCACAACAAUCAUAUGGGUAGCAUCAGGUCAUCACGCAGCUGUCAACUUUGGGCAGUAUGACUAUGCUGGAUACAUCCCUAACAGGGGCACCAUAGCCCGAGUCAAAAUGCCAUGUGAAGACCCAACUGCUGAAGAAUGGGAAGCUUUUAAACGUAGGCCUGAAGACGAACUCCUUUCUGCAUUUCCUUCACAGAUACAAGCGUCACAAGUCAUGGCCGUUCUAGAUGUUUUAUCGAAUCAUUCUCCAGACGAAGAAUAUAUAGGUGAUACGAUGGAGCCAGUAUUCGAGGCAACUCCACAGAUAAAAGCCGCUUAUCAAAUCUUUUCAGGGAAGUUGAAAGAGUUGGAUGGAAUUAUAGAUGCUAGGAAUGCAGAUGAGACCUUGAAGAAUAGAAAUGGAGUUGGGGUAAUACCAUAUAAUCUUCUAAAGCCUUUUUCGGAACCUGGUGUGACUAGUAUGGGGGUUCCAAAUAGCAUUUCCAUCUAAACGGUUUAUUAAAUUUGGCCAAAAUAAAGAGAUGUCUUGUUUCUAAGUAAGUGAUCAAUAGUGAAUAAGCAAGGAUCUUGAUCUUAUUGCUUCCUAUGCCAUCGGAAGGAAAAGUCUAGCAUGUUGUUACUAUUAUUAUUCAAUGUAUUGUUAUUCUUUAUUGCUAUCAAAGUAGCAAUUUUGUAAGGAAACUCUUGUUACAUUAUAUACUUACCAUCAAAAAAAGGUUAGCUCGCUAUUCGCUA